GGACAAAGACUCCCCCAAUCAGAAGCCACCUUUCUUUUGGAUCAGGCCUGCAUUUGUGUAAAUGGACCCAAGACAAUAUCAGAGUUUCUUGUGCACAAUUACACAAAAAACAAUACAGUAAUUCUGAUAGCGUGCUUUUUCUACUAUGACAGGUGAAUUAGGUUUUAGGAGUAGAAUAUUUUUUGACAUCCUGCGAAUCAUAUGAACCAACUUUGGAUGUGUUCAUGGAUGAAUUGACAUGGGAUUGCCUUUGCCUAGAGGAUAGGCAAUUGUGUAGGGUUCAAGUCUUAACCUAGGACUUUAAUCUUGGAAUAAGAGGCACUGUGCUGCUGCAACAGAUUGAUCAUCAUAGUUUCCAAUGGAGGGAGAAGAAGAGAGCAAGCAAUCAGAUCCGCGGAGCUUAAUCCCUUUCUCCGAGCUCAACCAAGUCAGCUCGGAUUUCAUCCUAGCCAUGACUAUGCACGAACAAGAGCACGCAUACAGGUUGCUCGAAACAAUUGAAAGUGAAAGCGAAGAAGAAGAUGAAGAAGAAGAUGAUGAUGAUCAAAUUCAUGAUGUCGACGAUGGUACUUCUUCCUCUGAGGAAUUCUAUCAUCAAGAUGAUGCUGAUUUCUUUGAUCUUCUCAGUGACGAUAAUGGAAGCGACAGUGACCAAGAAAUGGAGGAAGAUGACUUUGGUGAUCUGGACGUGGAUGAACUAACUUAUGAGGAAUUGUUAGCACUUGGAGAGUUCAUAGGGGAAGAGAAAAGAGGUCUGCCCAGCAAUGAAAUUUCUACAUGUUUGCAUCCCCACACAUACAAAUUAUCUCCAAUUUAUCAGAGCAAGAAUAGCAUUAUUGAUAAGUGUGUUGUAUGUCAGUAUGAGUAUGAAGAUGGUGAGGCUUUGGCUGCAUUGCCUUGUGAACACCAUUAUCAUUUGGAGUGUAUAAGCAACUGGCUUCAGAUUAAAAAGUGUUGCCCUAUUUGCAGCACAGAAGUUUCAUCAUCAUCAUCAUCAUCCAAAACCAAAAUUGUAUAGCUGUCUGUUAGGAUUAUGAAUUUCAUUAUUUAUUGGCUCUGAUUGUAUACUUGUUAAUGUAUGUACAAGAUGUCUGUUCCUCACCCUAUGCAAAAAAUAAAAAUGAUAGCUUAUACUUUACCUA